AUGAGUCUCAUGCAUCAACUGUUCAGUUAGGGAUACAUCUAUCUAUAUAUAUUAUAUAUACAUAUGCACAUAUGUUAUUGACUAGCUAAUCAUGUCCAACAACAAUCAUCCGCACGGACAUUUGAGUCAGGCGGCACAGAAUCCCUCAUGGAAUCCCCUCCAAAUACCCUCGUAUAUACCGCGACAGCCCCAAUUGGCGCACAUGUCCAAUGAAAGAUCGCUGGUUCGCUCACCAUUGGCCUGGCAUGCGUCGUCCGCCCAACCGCCGCCGCCACCGCCCGAUGCCAUUUACAAUUUUAUGUCGGCCAAUCAUAAAAACCUGGAUCAUCAUCAUCAAAUGAAUCCGUUGCUGGCGCCGCCUUAUACUGGAACAUUGCCCUUUGACUCCAUGGAUUUGUCGCUGCAAUCAAGUCGCAGCGCUGCGCCCACGCUGAACAAAACUGGCCAACAACAACAACAACAACAGCAGCAGCAGCAGCAACAACAGCAGCAGCAGCAAUCACAACAGCAGCAACAACAAUCGCAUUUACAUGCACCGCCUAAUUAUCCAACGAUUCACAAUUUGACCACAAGCACGCCCGCAGGACAUCUGCCGGGCAUGCCUGCAUCGGCCUCGCCAGCUAGCUCUGCCAGUAAAUAUCUCAAUGCAAAUGGUUCGGGGCCGGGAGAUUGCGAGUCGCUGUUGCCGCCGCCGCCCAGUACCCCGCCCAACAAUAAUAAUCACAGCAGCAGCAGCGGUAGCGGCAACGGCAAUGGCAGCAAUGCGAACAACAACACCACCACAGGCAGCAGCAGUAGCAGUAGCAACAGUAGCAAUAACAACAACAAUGUGCCGCCGCCCCAUUACAUGCAAAAUCGUGAUGAGAACUUUAAGCUGACACAGUUGAAGAACAUGCAAAAGGGCAGCGAGUUAAGUGGAAAAGAUUGCAGCUACACAGGCAAGCUGGCUACGCACAACAUGCAACARCAGCAGCAGCAGCAACAUCACUCCAAGAAGCCCUCGCCGCUUCGCAAUUAUCAUCAGCAGCAGCAGCAACAGCAGCAGCAGCAGUCGCCCUAUAACAUGACGCCGCCGAAGUAUAACGGACCGCAAACUCCGCCUACGCCGCAGUCGCCGCUGGACUAUAAUCAAUUGCAUUUGCAUCAUCCGCUGCACGCAGGAAUUGGUAGUUAUGCGUCACAGCAGCAGCAGCAGCACAUGCCACAGGAACAGCAGCAGCAACAGCAACAUUUACAUUAUGCACCACCAGCAACACAUCAUAACCAGCAUCUGGCACCGCCACCACCACCGCCGCUGUCGCAUAUGACAAAUGCACAAUUUCAGCAGCGACAGCAACCGCCGAUGCAGCAGCAACAACAACAGCACCAGCCGGCAGCGACAACCCAACAAACGUCUCAAAUGCAUUCCCGCAAUACGCAAUUAACGAAUCUCGAUAUGCUGUCCAAGCAAAAGCCAGAGGAUCAACAUCAACAACAGCAGCAGCAGCAGGAAGAUUCACAGCCGAUCAUCACGGAUCUCUCUACAACAGCCUCGUAUCGCAGCAAUAAUCAACAAAUUGCCGAGGACAAACACUUGGUAGAGGCGCCCGAAUCACCCUACAUGACCACAUCCAAUGAGGAGUCGCUGGAGUCGAACAGCAACAGCAGCAAUAGUCGCAAGCGGCGCAAGCGCAAAGCCAGCCAGGUGAUGCGCCUGACGCCCAGUGAAAAUGUGAAAAGACAGCGUACCCCGAGCCCGCAUAGCAACAGUUGCAGUCCAAAGCACUCGCCCAAGAAUGGAGCCGAUGUGCAAGAGUUUCAGCCGUUCGGCCUUAAGGAUAAGCAACAGCACCAGCAGCAGCCGCAACAACACGAACUGCCGCAAGAAAAUGGACGGGUUUCAUCGCCGCCAACUGCUGCAGCAGCCGACAAUAGCAGCAAUAGCUCCACGAUCUACAACGAUACGGAUAAUCCCAAGACUAAGAAGCAGCGACAAGCGCUGCUCCAACGCAAUCUCACAGAGCAACAGCAUCAGCAGCAGCAUCGUCGCCAGGUUGACGAUGAGGAUCAGCAGGAGCAGCAGCAGCGCCAGUCUCCCGCCCCAAAGUCAGCCAGUGAAUCGCAAAUGCCACCACCCAGUCCGCAGAGCAAUAGCAGCAGCAGCAGCUCGAGCAGCUCCAGCGCUGGCACACACAGCAGCCACAGCAGUCCAGCCAGCGAGGCGGUUGCUGGCAAAGAUCAACUGGAGCAGCAGCAGCAGCAGCUGGACAAUAACAAGGCCGUCAUCACAGAUACGCCCGCCUCGCCAGCUUUAGUCGAGCAGGGCGACAUUGAUGCCAAGCCAGCGGUGAGCGUGCACGAUGAUGAGGAUGAAGUGGAAUCGCCAGUUGGAAAGGAAUCGCCCGCAGUCGCAGCAACAGCAACACCAGCAGCAGGUGCAGCAGCAACUAAUGCCACAGCAACUGGAGCCACAGAGCCGUGCCAUUUCAACGAGGUGGAGGAUAAGCUGGAGAAAAUGUUUGCCGGCAUUGAGGAUGAGCCGGCCGAGCAGCAAGCCGAUGAGCCGGCCAGAGCACCAAGAGCAGAUCUGACUGCACAAUUAGCUUUAGACAAGGAUAAGCUAUUAGCCAGCACUCCACCAGCGGCCAGCACACCAACACCAACCCCAGCAUCCACUCCUGCACCCACACCCGAGCUGCGACCCAUGGCGACAAAGGCAGCCAUGAAGUCCACAAUGCCCAGUCCCAUACACAGCCCCACGCCGCUGGGCGAGCCGCCAGCCAAGGAGCACGCCACAGCACAGUCGCCAGCCCCAGCUGCAGCUGCGACGCCGCCAAGCGCCAAAAUGCCGCCACGAACGCCGCCAACGCGUUGCUUGCCACCGCGACGACUCUCAAUGGGCAUGGAUCCAUCCCUGUUGCGCUUUACCAUUGAGGAGCCAAAGAAGAUGCCAGCGCGAAAGAAGACGGCGCCACCACCGCCUCCUCCGCCUGAAACGGAAAUCAUGCAGCUGGACAGUGAUGAUGAUAAGCCGAGCACCUCGGCAGCCGCAGCAGCUGCUCUGGCGGCACGCAAGCUAAGCGAGGCAGCUGCAGCCAAGGCUCUCGCGCCCAAGGCAAGCAACGGGAAUGCCAACGCCAACAACAAGAAAAAGAAAAAGAAUGCGCCCAAGGGCAAGAAGCCAACGGCCAAGAAUGGCGCCAAGGCCAACGCAGGGAAAAAGGGAAGCGUGCGCAAAAAUUUCAGCACCGACGAGGACAGCACUCCGGCGCCCAAUCGUGAGAGCAGCAACAGCAACAACAAUGGCGCUGCUGCGCCAGAUCUCAGGUUCAAGUCCCCAUUCAUACAGAUCAAGCCCGACGGCAGCAUUAGCAUUAAGAAUACGCACAAUGCCGAGGAUGUGAACGAGAAGCAGACGAAGAAGAAGCACACAAAGGCCCCGCACGAGCGCAAAAAUCUGCGCGGCAUGCACAGCUCGACGUUGAGCAAUCGCUACGAUGCAGACACCACCGACUCCAGUUGGAUUUGUGUGUUCUGCAAGUGCGGGCCCCACAAACUGGGGCUGGGCGAUCUCUUCGGUCCCUAUCUGGUUUCCAUAGACUGUGAGGAAUAUCGCACGGCGGUGCAGGUGCCGGCAGGUGUGCACGACAUCGACGGCUUGUUCGCGAGCAAGCGCAAGCGCUCGGACAUGGUCAAGCUGCAUGAGCGCAAUCUGCCCGUGGUGCCCGCAACGCUGGCGAACAUUAUGCAGGCGCCCAAGAUAACGAUGCACAAACGCAAGCGCAAGCAAACCCACGACAGCGUCUACUCCUGCAGCGAUGCUGAUCCAAAUGAAUCGCAGUGCUCGUCGCAGGAUCCGCUCGACUGCAGCCAUGAGGCCAAGUUCGUUGAGACGUUUCGCGGCAUGACGAAAACAUCGGAUCAUUGCUACGAGAUUUGGCUGCACGAGGACUGCGCCAUCUGGGCGAAUGACAUACAGCUGAUUGGCGCUCAUGUCAGUGGCCUCGAUGCAGCCGUCUGGGACAGCACACGGUAUCAGUGCGUGCACUGUGCACAGCCGGGCGCCAUUGUCUGCUGCUUUGAGCGCACCUGCAAGGCAGCGGCGCAUGUGCCGUGUGCCCGGCUAGCCGGUUGGAGUCUAUGCGAGGCGGAGCGCAAAGUCUAUUGCCAGCUGCAUGUGCCCGAGGGAGCAGCGAGAGAGAAGCUAGCCACGACAUUUCUGACGCCCAACAUGAGCAUGGGGGAGCAGGCGGCAGCGCCACCGCCCACACUGAACAUCAAUUCGCUUCCCUGAGUACGCGUGCGUGUGCAGAAAUGUCGUCUGGACGUCAAGCAUUGAGCGCACGUUAAGAGCUCGGAUACAGGACCUCCUCGGCCUAGCGGCGACAGCUGCCUGUUUUGUAUAUAAUCAAUAUAAUCUAAAUGGCUUAAAGCGCGAGACUGGAUUCAGGCAGCAACAGCUGCUGUUGCUGUUGCUGUUCCCCCUGCCGCUGCCGCUGCUGCUGUUGAUCUUUGCUGUUUCGGAAGUCAGGCAAUCGCUGCUGUUAAUCAUUUUUCCUGUUUUUAUGUGUUCGAUAAUCCCCAUGAAACUUAAAACUUGUGUAAAAAGAUUGCUGUACAUUUUACGUAGACGCUGUGGGCGACAGUUUUUAAUGCUAGUUUAUAGUUCAUAUACACACAUACACACACACAUAUAUAUUUUACUAUAUUUAGUUGUUUAUACGUAUUAUUUAAAUUAUUAUUAAUUCGAUUAUAUAUACAAUCAUAUAUAUAUAUACAUAUAGUACUUAGUAUUUGUACCUAUUUAGUUGUAAUUAUAUAUCCACAAUGCAAAUAGUUUACAUUGCCUCUUUUUACGUUUGACUACGAUGGUUCUUGUGCUGAGAUUCCUCACAUCACAAGUUGUUUAUAUAUAUGUUUUUCUGUCAUUAUUGGUUCGUUCUGAAAAUACUUUAUGCAUAUGCCAAUUGGUAAUUUAGUUCAAUUUUUCGUAUGUAUAAAACGAAUACUCCAUGCCAUACCGUUUAAUUAUAUUUAUAACGAGAAUAAUUAUACUUAUGAUAACGAUAAUGACUACGACGACGAUGAUGAUGAUGAUGAUGAUGAUGAUGAUGAUUAUUAUGAUAUAUGCAUUGUGCACAGCAUUAAUUAAGGUAAGCAUAUAACCACAAAUAGAAAAUGUUUGACACCCAUUAAA